UGAAAUUUGAAAAUGGAAAAUUUAAUUUCUACUUCAUCAACUCCUUCACAGCCAAACUCACUUCAAAAAAUCCUUCAAUAUGUAAUCGACAAUCGUCAAGAAUGGUGGGUUUAUGGCAUAUUCUGGCAAGCAUCGAAAGACGUGAAUAAUCGUCUCAUUUUAUCUUGGGGCAAUGGCCAUUUUCGCGGAACUAAAGACACAGGUUCCUCGAAGACAGACCAUGGCCAAUAUCAUCAGCUUCAGAAGAAAUUUGGUUUCGAUGGUAUUAAUGAUACUAAUAAUAACGUUACAAAUUUAAAGUGGUUUUAUAUGGUAUCUAUGCCACAAUGUUUCGUGGCCGAGGAUGAACUCGUUGUACGAACUUAUGCCUCGGCCUCGCAUGUGUGGUUAGCUAGUUAUUAUGAAUUGCAACUUUAUAAUUGCGAAAGAGCUAAAGAAGCUGAUUUGCAUGGAAUUCGUACGAUUGUGUGUAUUUCUACACCUACUGGUGUUGUUGAAUUUGGUUCCACUGAUGUUAUUCAAGAAAAUUGGGAAUUUGUUCAAUUCAUUAAGUCUCUAUUUGGAUCAAACAAUAACAUGAAUACGACUUCUCAUCUACCCGUCAAUCAAGUAACAUUGAGAGAUCAUCAGAAGGUUGUAAAAGAUGGAUCACCCCAACAAGAAGAUAGAACAAUGAAGCAAGAAAUGUCUAUCAAAAAUCUAAUAAUUGAAUCGGGCGAUUCAGAUUUUGAGAACGAUGACUCUUCAACGAUGAACAAUGUUGUCAAUCGGUCAAUAAAACGAGGAAAGAAGGCUGAUUCGAGCAGUAUAGGACGAGAAAUGGCAAUGGAUAUUCACGUAGAGGCUGAGAGAAAAAGAAGGGAAAAAUUGAACCAUCGAUUCUAUGCUCUACGGAGCGUAGUACCGUACGUGUCCAAAAUGGACAAAGCUUCAUUACUAGGUGACGCAGUUACUUAUAUCAAUGAACUCAAAGCUAAAAUCAAAAAUUUAGAAUCUAAAUUAAUCGAACCUCAUAAAAAACCUAUACUUAUGGAGCAACACGAUUCUCAUAGUGCGUCUUCCGUUGUAACUGAUGGGGCAAACAAUAAGUCAUUAUUUUCAAGGAGAGACAUUAACGGGGAGCGAAAUGGGAUGGAAAUCGAGGUGAAAAUUAUAGGAUCGGAAGCUGUGAUUCGGGUUCAAUCUUUGGAUAUGAAUUAUCCAUGUACGCGAUUGAUGAACGCGAUGAAGGAACUAGAAUUUCAGAUUUAUCACGCAAGUGUUUCCAGUGUUAAAGAUUUGAUGCUUCAAGAUAUCGUGAUUAGGGUUCCUGAAGAGUUUUUAAAUGAGGAAACGUUGAAAUCCGCUGUCGUUACAAAACUAAGUGUUAUUGAGAAUUAAUUUGUACGUACUAAGCAUAUA